AUGUUUUCAACCCCCUCGAAUGAGGUCAUGGAAUUAACACCGCAUGCGAGUAGUAUAGCUAGCUGGCGAGGUGAUACCGUAGGUCGAGGAUGGCAGGGGGGAGAUGGAGAAGAUGGGAGUUGGAGAGGCAGAAAUAAAGGCUCAGGAGGUACUGGAAGACAAAGUUCUCGUAAAAGCUUUGGUUCGCAUGUUCGCGGUCGCGGUCGUGGCAAUGGAGAAAGAGGUCUGGGUAAUCCCAGUCGGUCGGAUGAAAUAUGCUGGAGCUUUCAAAGGACAGGCAAGUGCUCACGCGGAUCGCGAUGCAGAUUUUCUCACGAAGUCUCGAAUGCCGAUGAAGUAUUUCAACAACCUCGUUCAAGGCCCGAGGAGACAUUGGACCAACAGGAAGCGAGAAACACAUAUUCUAGUUGGAAGUACCUCAUCAAGUCCCACCCUAGACCCAACGAUAUCCGAACUAUAAAAAUGCUGUGGCAAGGUGCUCUUAAGAUUUUGGAUGGCGAAGACCGAGACAACAAGCAGAUGGUCCCUCAAGAUCUAGAAAACGACAACUUUUUUGGUCGCGAACACAUUCGAGUCCUUCUGGGGAUGACUACUCAUACGAAUGGCGCAGGAACAUAUGUUAAACUUGUGCAGCCUUUCCUAUCUGUCAUGGUACAUCAGGCAUUAUUGGACUGCUUGUCUAUCGACACUUGUGUGGGGAACCUCUACAACUUUAUCAGCGGCAGUAAUGGAUCUCGUGCGAUCCCUUUCUUUCAAACUCUAAUCACUAAUCUGCUGGAGAUACAUUAUUCCUCCAGCCAGGCUUCCACCGAUGAGAUAGAGAAGACUUUGAUCGCAAUUUCUACUUGCCUUCGAGAACUUCUUAGACGAGAGCGACAUGCAUUGUUCCAUGAUGACCUCCCCAAUCUUGUGACUUCACUCGAGAUUUCUGUGGCUAUCAUUGGUGUCGAUCGAAAUUCGGCAGCUUUCGCCAUAAUUCCAUCUCGCAUUCAAGAGAUUCAAGGCAUGAUAGCCCGAGCUAAAGGACUUCUUUAUCAAGAAGAUCAGCAGAAGAUUGAUGGUUUCUCUACCGCAGUCGUAUCGACAUAUCCCCGGGAGAUAACUUUACCUCAAGGAAGACAUGACAACGACAAGAUGGACGUCACAAGUAUCAGGAUUUUGCCGACCGAGGAGGAAAUUCGUAGCGAAGCUGUCGAAUUCCUGCCUUUAACAGAUGUCGAUCAGGAUCACUUCCUAGUAGACCCUGCAGCAAGACUCUUAGAUACACACUUUCGAUUGUUAAGGCAUGAUAUUUUUGGUGAACUCAAAUCCGUUCUCGGUGGUCUUAUCCUUUCCAUUGAAGCGGAGCCAUCGCUACUGGAAAAAUCGAGGCUCAAUUUUGCAAAUAUUAGAGCGCACUCUUAUGCAAAAGCACAAGUAGCCGAAAUUACCUUCAACCAUCGACGAGGCCUGGAAGUCCAAUGGUGGGAAGAGUCGAAGCGACUCGCCGAAGGCGUUUUACUGUGUUUACUCUCAUUCAAUGGAACGAAAUGCACUCCAUUAUUUUUAACCGUCACAAAAAAGUCGACGGGUCUCGAAUUGGAUCAUAACUUGAUUUCAAACGAAUCACGAGCGAUCGUUACUGCAAAACUUGCCACUGAAAGUUCAAAUGAUUUCGAGAGUCUGACGCUGUUGAACUCAAGCUCAGCUGGAGGAAUUCUGGUAGAACUUCCUAGUGUGAUUCUCGCCACUUUCACGCCUAUCCUUGAAAACCUCCAAGAUAUGCAAAGACUAAAUCGAUUACCUUUUCAAUCCUCGGUCGAUGAUGCCGGACUCAUUGAUGAAAUUGAGCAACGAACGGAACUCGAUCGUGGGCAAAGUGAAGCAUUACUUGCUGCUCUUUUACGAGAGUUCUGCCACAUUCAGGGACCUCCAGGCACAGGAAAGUCUUUUCUAGGCGUGAAGCUUGUCAAAGUUUCAUUAUCGUGCGAGACGGCGAGACUUGGUCCCAUAAUCAUUGUUUGCUACACGAACCAUGCUCUUGACCAGUUUCUUGAACAUUUGGUACAAUCCGGCAUUGAGAAAGUGAUUCGAAUAGGUGGGCAAAGUAAAUCGAAGAUUCUAGAUGGAAAAAAUCUUCGAGUGGUCUCUCAAGGUGAGACUACGACCAAGCCCGAAAGUAACACACUUAGAACCAGCCACUCGGCAUUGGAAAAUGAAGAAAAUUAUGUGGAAAAGCUUCUUCGACGAUUGAAUGGACUUGGAGAUUAUCCAGAUUGGGGAUCAUUAAAGGACUACGUCGCUCGGCACUAUUAUAAGAUCUACCAACAAUUCGACAGGUUUGAUGAGGAUGGCUUUGAAAUGGUGAGGAUGCCCUUUUUCUUAUCAAGUGGUACAAUUCCUCUAUUCCACUUGACUAUGCUAAUGAUAUACGAUAAGGUUGGUGGAGAGCCUUUCGAUUUAUGGCUCAGGUAUAACACUGAAAUGGAGGGACAAGCACCAGUGUUUUCGGAGACACAUACAAUAGAUGACCUGAUAGAGUUCGCAAAUAUCAAUGUGCACGCACUAUAUGGCAACGAAAGGAUCAUUCUUGUUAGACAUUUGGCAGAAGAAGCGCGUAAAGAAGUUACGAACGACUUAUUUGAGUCCAUGACUCGGACCAUGGAACAUAACCAGACAAUACAGAACGUAUAUUCCGAUAAAGACCGGCGUGUAUUACAGGGAGCGGAUAUCAUUGGGGUAACUACGACUGGUCUUGCAACGAAAAUGUCGACUUUGAAACACGUCAAAGCUAAAGUAAUUGUCUGCGAGGAAGCGGGGGAGGUUCUUGAGGCUCAUAUGCUGUCUGCGCUUCUACCAAGCGUUGAACAUGUCAUCUCUAUUAGAGACCACGAGCAGCUCCGCCCCUCUACAAACAACUACAAUUUGUCUCUUGAAAGCCAAGCGGGAGCUCUGUAUAAACUAGACCGCAGUCAAUUCGAGAGGUUAUCUGUUGGCGACCCCGGACGGCUCACCCUUCCAGUGGCUCAACUGAAUAUCCAGCGUCGUAUGCGCCCUGAUAUAUCGAGAUUAAUCAAGACAAUAUACCCAAGGUUGGUUGAUCACGAUGUAACUAAAAUUCUCGCAGACGUUGUUGGAAUGCGAAAAAAUACUUACUGGCUUGACCACACAAACGUCCAGGACAACGCAAAUGGAGAUGAUGCCGACAAAAAGUCCCAUAGCAAUAUAUGGGAAGUAGAAAUGACAGCGGCACUUGUAAGGCACAUAGUUCGACAAGGUAUUUACAGUAGUAGUGAUAUCGCUGUUUUGACGCCUUACAGUGGACAGUUGCAAAAAUUGCGGAAGCAUAUGGGCAAAGAGUUUGAGAUUGUUUUAUCUGAACGCGAUCAAGAAGUUCUUGCUAGGGAUGGUUUUACCACAUCAGAUGAAAAGCCUGACACCUCGACGUCAACAUCUGGAGACAGAAAACCUCUUGAGAAGAAGAACUUGAGUGAACUUCUUCGUAUUGCCACUGUCGAUAAUUUCCAAGGUGAAGAGGCGAAGCGUAGCCAUGUGGAAGCACAUUUUAGCCAUGUGGCCGUGCCUUCGGAACCUGCAAUCAUAAUUGCCAGCGAGCCUGUCAUUCAGGACGAGAGUGCGGAUUGUGUUCAUCGAACUGUGAGAUGUGCUGGUUCAUGCGAUAGAUUGCCGUGCAAUAAACGUUGUUUACUACAGCUUUCUUGCGGUCACCAAUGCCCCGGGAUUUGUGGCGAAUUAUGCCCACGCGACUAUUGUCAAAUAUGCUCCAUGAAAGAAGAUCAGCGAGUCGACCUUCUUGAGUUGAAAUUAUACAAAGAGAUUGACCUUGAGGAUACUCCGAUAAUUGCGCUUGCUUGUGGUCACUUCUUCACAGCAGAAUCACUCGAUGGGUUGGUCGGUAUGUCUGAAGUCUAUGAACAAAACAUCCAUGGAGAUUUCACGGCAAUCAAGGAAACCACCUCACUGGCAUCAUCCGUUCCUCAGUGUCCAGAUUGUCAAUGUCCUCUUCGACAAUACGCAACCCCACGAUACAACCGAGUGAUAAAUCGGGCUGUCAUCGAUGAAAUGUCCAAACGAUUUCUUGUGAGUGGCCAAGUCGAACUUCUGGAAUUAGAAAGAAAGAUUCUUCAUUUGGAAAAGGAAUUUGAGAAUUCUGUACCUGGGUUGAUCCAGGCAUUAGAAGGUACAUGGGGAGAAAUCAACGUAUCUGAAUUGCUUAAGGAUCGAGAUAAUAAGUCGAGACAAUUGGAAAAAACAGUGAUGAGAUUUUGCGAGAGGUUCAAGGAUAAGCAUCAACCUGCUACGAAACUUCAUAAUGCUAUAAUAACUUCAACGAGACAGCAACCGCUUGAAAAUGUCUUGGGUGGCCUCUCAAUUGCGGAGGGGAUCGGAAAAUCCCCGAGAGACCGAAGAAUCGCUUUUGCAGGAACUGGUGCCAUGCUUAAAGUCCAAUACCUCACCUUGGCCGAUAGAUUUCCGAUAGCUCAGAAGCUCCGUUCACGUGAUUCCACCAUCAAAAUAUCUGGCGGGCCUCCAGACCAACUUGCGAAGCCCUUUUUUAAAUCUUGCCUCUCCUACAUCGAGUCAUGUCGCGAUGAAAGUCUGCCAAGACUAGCUGUCGAGGGCAUACUCUAUUUUGCGAAGAUAGCUCGCCUAUUCGAUUUGUAUACUCGCUCUAUUGCCAAUCAUGAAGCGGGGGGUAUCAAAUUUCCUUCUCAGACAGAAAAGGCUAAAAGUCUAUUGGAUGAAGCAAAGGGACUUUGUCGAGAGGGAUUCCAAAGUGCGGACUCGCUACUGAUUGCUGUUGAAACAUUAAUCAGGCAUUUAGGUAGAGAAUGGUACGAAGAGGUCACUAAAGAAGAGUUAGAUGCUAUUAGGAAUGCUAUGGUCUCUGGGAGGGGAGGGAUUGCUACACAUAGUGGUCAUUGGUAUGAAUGCAAGAAGGGACAUCCGUUUGCGAUAGGUGAAUGUGGAAUGCCAAUAGAAGAGGCUAGAUGUCCUGAGCGUGGUUCGAGAAUUGGCGGACAAAGGCAUGAUUUCGUCGAAGGUGUUGUGAGGUCAGAGAGAAUGGAGAGAUGAGGGUUUUAAAUUUUGGUAAUUUGUGAUGGGCUUGGUGUGUGUUUAGUGUUUUUCGAUUUGGUAUCAGGUUUAUUUU